GGCGCCGCCGCCGCCAUUUUGUCGGGGAGUGGAAAUGUGAAAGGGGAAGGCGCGCCGCAGCCCGGGCCGGCUGCUUUCCUCCUCCUCCUCCUUCUCAUCCUCCUCCUCCUCCUCAUCAUCGUCCCCGGCCGCCUUCCUCGCCGUCGUCCUUCCCCGGGGGAGGCAGCGGGAGCCCCACCAUGUCGGGGCAGUCGCUCACCGACCGCAUCGCGGCGGCGCAGCACAGCGUCACCGGCUCGGCCGUCGCCAAAGCCGUCUGCAAGGCGACGACCCACGAGGUGAUGGGCCCCAAGAAGAAGCACCUGGACUAUCUAAUACAGUGCACAAAUGAAAUGAAUGUGAAUAUUCCACAGUUGGCAGACACACUCUUUGAGAGAACUGCAAACAGUAGCUGGGUCGUAGUGUUCAAAGCUCUAAUUACAACACACCACCUCAUGAUGUAUGGAAACGAGCGCUUUAUCCAGUAUCUUGCAUCGCGAAACACAUUGUUCAAUCUAAAUAACUACCUGGACAAAAGUGCCAUGCAGGGCUACGAUAUGUCUACCUUCAUUAGGCGAUAUAGCAGAUACUUGAAUGAAAAAGCACUUUCAUAUAGACUUGUAGCAGUUGACUUCACCAAAAUGAAAAGAGGGAUAGAUGGAGUGAUGAGAACCAUGAAUGCUGAAAAGCUCCUGAAAACCCUUCCAAUCAUACAGAACCAGCUUGAUGCACUCCUUGAUUUUGAUGCAAAUCCAAAUGAACUAACAAAUGGUGUUAUAAAUGCUGCCUUUAUGCUCCUCUUUAAAGAUUCCAUUAGACUUUUUGCGGCAUACAAUGAGGGGAUAAUUAAUCUUUUAGAAAAAUACUUUGAUAUGAAGAAGAACCAGUGUAAAGAAGGCUUGGAUAUUUACAAGAAAUUUCUAGCCAGAAUGACCAAAUUGUCAGAAUUCCUCAAGGUAGCAGAGCAAGUUGGAAUUGAUCAGGGUGACAUUCCAGAUCUUACUCAGGUCAGUGCACCCAGCAGCUUGCUUGAAGCACUGGAGCAACAUUUGGCUUCUCUGGAAGGGAAGAAAACAAAAGAAGUCUCGGCGGCCAGCAGAGCUAGUGCCCUAUCCAGUGCUGUUUCCACGCUUGCCAACACAGGAAUGUCAUUUAGCAGGAUGGAUGAGAAAGAAAAGCAGCAGGCGUUGGAGGAGGAACAAGCUAGACUGCAGGCACUUAAGGAGCAGCGAUUAAGAGAGAUUUCUGUAGUAUCAAAUUCCACUUCCACAUCAGCAUCCCCAAGCACCUUAUCAGGAAAAAGUGUGAAUACCACUGUAGCUGUUGACCUCUUCGCAGUACCAGCACCCACAACAAAUAGCAUGCCCAACCUCUCUAGUGAUCUCUUUGAUCUUCAGCCUGCCUUCGUUCCAACUGUACAGAGUACUCCAGCUAUAUCAACUUCAGCAAGCAGUGCGUGGGGAGGUCCUUUCUCGUCUUCAAAUGGUUGUGUUGGUUCUCCACCUCAUCUGGACAUCUUUGACAUGAAGCCAGUUGAAGAAGCUGUAAAAUCUACCGCCCCUUUCAUCAAUUCUACAUUUUCCUCCAAACACACAGUGGAACUGUUUAGUGAUGACUUCAGUGGUCAUAAAUCUACGUAUGCUUCUGUGUAUCAUCCUCUGCCUGUUGAUGGUUUUCCUCUUCAUUCAGCUCCUCCAAGUACAACCCCUUCAACAAUUAAUGUGGACUUUGAUGCUGUUUUUGGAGGAAAAUCCACAGCACCAGAGUACAGGACUACAAGUGAUGAUGUAUUGCAACCCACGGUACCACUACAAAGUCAAAGAGCUCCUUCAACCAACCAGCAAAGUGGAAAAAUUUUGGCAAAUGACCUUGAUUCUUCUCUUGCUAAUCUAGUGGGAAAUCUUGGCUUUGGAGGAACUCCAUCCAAAAAAUCAGAUAUGCAGUGGACCCAGCCUACUGAGAAAAAACUUACUGGUGGAACAAACUGGCAAGCAAAAACAAGCACAUCAACCACGUGGAACCCUACUCCCCUACCCACUAUGCCACACAUGAAUGGAGUACAUUAUCCUGGAUAUGUACCUGCUCCUAUUGCCUACCCAGUGACCACACCUCAAGUGCCUGUAUAUGGAAUGGUACCUCCUCAGAUUGGAGCUGCUCCUUUGAUGGCACCCCAGUCAAUGAUAUAUACGCAGCCUGGUCUAAGGCCAACAAAUCCUUUUGCACCUGUCUCUGGAACUCAGAUACAGUUCAUGUAGAGCUGCCAAAGCCGCAAGAUGUGAGAACAACCAAAUACUGGUAAAAAAGAGAGACUGAAUUUCAUUCUUUUCAUGACGUAUUCCUGAACAGGGCAACCGUUUCUACCCUGUAUAAUUUAAUAUUAUUUUGAAUUGCAGUGCUUUAGAGAUUCUUGUUCAUAACAGUCACUGCUGUGUGAAAUUGUGUGUUCACUGAUUUCUAGAUUGCUCAGCAGAAAACUGCAUUCUUUGAGGUUGACUUGGAAGGCACAAGCUGGAUUCUUAUCUUCAGAGCUGAGAAGAGGCUUACAUAAUUGCUCUGCAACCAUGUUCAUCAGUGGAUUGCAUUAGGAAGCUAACUGAGAAUGUCAGAUCUAUUUUCUCCAUGAAUUCUGUGGCUGUUGUAACCAAGACACAACUCAAAUGAGGUUGAGCAAUAAAACUUUCAUAUGCUCUAUUAAAUACUCUGAUAGAGUAAUGCUUGCGUUAUAAGGCCAAUGUUGUGCAAAAUCAGACAGCUCUUUCCGAUUAGAAUAGUUUAUAGUAAUUUGAAAACUUUAUAAUGUGAGUUUUAAAUGCUGUGAAUCAACGAGAUAUAUACAUAUUAAAUAUAUAUAAAAAGAGUAAAUUAAUAAAUUGCUCCAUUGGGUUGUCAGUGUUACGUUGCUAGUUGAAAGGGCCAGGCUCUGGUGUGGGCUGUUGUGGGGUAGGGGAACCAAGUGUGUUACAGAAUAGCACGUGUAGCCUCCAACAGGUGACAGGAGGUACGCUUCCAUUGAGCAUCUUCUCCGCAGAUGGUAUCCUUGUAGCUCAAGGAAGACCAGGUUUUGUUACAGUGAACGUACGUGCUCCCAGUAGCAGCAAAUGGGAGCAAUUCAAAGAUCUGUUUGCCAACUGCUAAUGAGGUAAGAGAUCCAAUUUAUUAAAAACAAACAAAAAACUUUAAACAGAAGUCAGUUAGCUCCAAAAAAAAAAAAAAGGCAAACCUCGCCAUAAUGCUGACACUUCAGAACUGGCAACGACAUUGAAAUUGUCCCACUCUAGAGAAUUGCUUGUGCUGCUUUUCCGAAACAAAAACCUAGUUGCAAAUCAUAUAAAAUUAAGUAUUUUUAGAUGUGUAAAUAUGUGCAAACUUUUAAAUACCUUUUUCUUUAAUGCUGCAGUAAUCUUUUUCUUCUGUAGUAUUUUCAAGAUAAAAAUGCUAUAUUAAGAAACGUGGGCUUCUGAGAGGAAAAUCUUGUAAAUGAACUAAUUUCUGAAGUGUGCUGUUGUUGAUGGGUCAGAUGUACACGCUUCUGGAAUGUCCUGAGUAUUAAUAGUCUUUCCCCAAGGUUUAGGUGGGGUAUGAGAACACCAAAUCUUGUAGUUUUCAAUGUCCGGUGAAAAGUGAUAGUAUAAGAGAAAAAAAUAGCUAAUAAUAAGGAUUAAACGGAAUGGGGAGCAACCUUUCUUCCAGAGUUCUGUGGCAGAAUACAGUGAAAACCCCUUCUGUAAGGUGAAUUCUGUGAAUGAUAAAUAUUAAAGCUGGGUUUUCAAAAAAUGAAUAGUUUUCUAUUUUUACCACAAAUGGACCUCCAGAGUUAGCACAUCUUUUAUCUGUAGAUAGUAGGCUCUGACUAUAAAUGCAGAUAGUCCUGAACAUCUUGUCAAACCGUCUUUCAGAGAAUGUAUGAAAUGCAACAUUUUCUACAUAGUGGGAAAAAGCCUUUUCUUUGGACAGAUCAAGCAUUUAGAGUGCAAAAGUAAUGUUUCUUAAUGCUACAGAAGUAUUUUUGUCAAGUGAAACAGUGUAAAAAAAUGAUAAUAAACUUGGAAUUUGUAGCCACCAGCUUCCUGGGAAAUGUGACAUUGCAGGAAUUUACAGCAGACUCUGGAUGCAUAUUGAUCUAAAAGAAUUUGGACUGGUAUAGCAUGAUUCAGUGUUCAAGUUGGAAUUACAAAAGGGCUUCAAGCUUUAAUCCGCCUUCCUUGGGUUGAACAAUUGUAUAAUUUUAAGCCAAUGUUCUUCAGUGCCUGUAGUUACCCUCCACAUGAUGAGGGAACAGAUGCCAUUUAGAAUGGGUCAUUGUGUUGAGGAGGCCGUUUAUUUAGGAAAUUGUUAAUUGCAUUGAUGUAUUCAGCAUCGGAAAGUCAUGAAUUCCAAUUAAACCAGUAGUUCUGGUAAUAAAUAUCGGGGCAUUAAUGACAGAGUGCUACAGCCAGGCAGUUUCUAGCACUGCAGCCUGCUAGAUCUUUCUCAUAUUGAGUUGUGUAAGUAAUGUUCAGUUACUUUAAUAAAACAAAUACCUGGCAAACAGUGUAUAUAUUUGUUAGAAAUCCUAUUGCAGAGCACUCUGAAUCUCUGGAAAGGACUUCACUCAGAAAUUGAUCCAGUACUAGCUAUGGUUUGCACUACCUUAACUUCUGGUUUGCUGUGGAUUUUUUUAAUGGAUCUCAGUGUGCUUUCUUGUAGCAAAGCUGUCUGCUAGCAGUUCGUUUAGUAUUGGAAAAGGGGAAACAGCCAUAAAGUACAUCCUAAAAACUCUGCUAAGCUACCUUUUCAGUCUUGUUCAGAAUUAUUGGUACAAUGACACAGUUACUUUGGAUUUAUUCUUAGGAAGAAUAGGUUGCUUUACACACUUCUCUGCACAAAAGUGCACUGCGCUGCUUUUUUAUCAACCUCUUCUUUGCACUGUGUUGUAAGUAACAACAUAGUUUGUACAUUAGAAGUAAAAACGAAGACUUAGGGUGCUGUCAAGGCUUUUUUGGCUCAGAACUUGUUCUCCAAAAUCACUUGGAAGACAAAGGUUGCUCUUGAGGGUAACUGUAAUGGCCUGCAAGAGUGCGACUAGUGGUUGUGACGCGAGAACUCUGAAGAGAGCUGUAUAUAAAUGUGACUUUCCUUUUUGUUUUCUUCCAACUCCUUUGAUCAGAAUCCUGUUCUGAAUGCUUCAGAAAGCAGUUAACUCAGCUGUCACUCCGUGUUUGUCUGAACAAGGAGGAAGACUUUUGAAGUAUGCCGUGUGCUUUGCAUUGUUGUGCUUUAGUGGGUCAUGCGAGCCUGCCUGUUGGGACUUAGCGCUGCUGCGGGAAGGCUGUCUUUCGUGGGGUAUACAGUAAGAUAACUUUGGGGGUGUUUGGAAAGGGCGAUUGUGUUAGGCCUAUUGGGCUUGAAAAGUGUACCUCUUUUUAAAUAACUGGGGUUUUAUAAUGUUCUUUAGAUAUAGUUUGACUUUGCCUCCAAGAAGUUACUGAAUUCAACUUUUUUAAUUUUGGACAAAUUAUGUACUAGAGAAAUCUCAGUUCUGUGCACAUAGUGGUGGAAUACUUGUAGGUAAAAAUUACAAAUGAACUUUUUUUAAUUAAAAAAUAAAAAAAGAAAAAAAGAAACUUCAGACUACAAAAUUGAAUACAGGGUGUAUCUACAUCUGUGGUUUUUUUUUUUCUGUGGCAGGGAGGGUGGGGAUACAAUUAGAGUAGUAAGCACUGUGGAUCGGUGCUUAAUUUGUAUAUAAAAAGGAAAACUUCUGUUUUGGGUAGUUUGUAUUGUAAGGACAACAUCUAAAGGCACUGUAUCAGUCAUUUAUUUCCAUUUUAAAGAUUAUAUUUUUGAGCAAUGGAAGCUGUACAUGUUAUCAUUUAUACAUUUACUGGUAGCUAGGAAUAUAGAAAAACUUGCUAUUACUCUGAGGAUGUAUUUGAUUUGUCAUUGGUAUUUACUGCAUCAGUACCUUAUGCAGGUGGUUUGUUUAAAUAGAUUGUAGUAACUUGUGCAGUUACAAGAACUGUAACAUCAAAUCUUUCAGUAUAUCUCCAACGUGUAUCUUUGUGAUCGAAUUUAAUCCUGUACCAAAUGUUUGGCUGGAAUUUUAUCCUGGAGCAAUGACAAAGUCGGUGCUGGAAUAGAUUCCCCACCCCCACCCCUUACAUUAUUUAUUUAAUAGGUGUUGUUUUCUAUGUGAUGUUUUUCCCCAUAACAGGUUUGUGCCUUUAUUGGGUAUUUAUUUUAAAAAGCUACUUUAAUUUAGGCUUUUCAGGCUCUUUUUCAGAUGUGUUCUUGUAUUGGCUGUUCCUGUACAUCAGUUCCUUCAUUUUAUCAGAAUACACAAUGUGUGGGGAAAAUACUAUCCACAAACUGGAAGGGAAAAAAAAUGAGGGUUUAUGUUCUAUUGAUUAAUAUUCUUUUUGUAAAAAGAAGCCUAAGCACAAGACCAGCUCUCUGGCUGUGUUGAUAUUUUAAUCAUGGAACUUCACACUUUGUUAAUACACAAACCAUUGUUUUUUUUAAGAUUGUUGCUCAUAUCCAAUCAUUUGAAAUGUUUUGAAAAAUAAACUUUGGCACAUGCAAGGC